UUUUGUUUAGUUGUUGUUUACUGAUUCGCAAUUUAUUUCGAAAUAUUAACAAAUAUUUUAAGGAAUAUCAAAAUGGGGCAAGCUACAAGUGCUUGUAAAGAUUUGCUACCAGACACAGUUGACACAGUUCAAUUUCAAAUUAAGAAACAUUCAAAGAUUUUAUCAGAAUUGAAUAAUUUGACAUACGAACAGUUUCAAGAAUGUCUUGCUGAAUUGAAUGAUUUAUCAAGAAAAUGUAUCGAUAAAGAUGGAAAUCAACUUGUUUUUGCUGUGAAUAAAGAUUCAUACGUUCAAUGGAUAUGGAAAGCAACAAUCAAAAUCUCUUGUGUAUCAAUCAAUCCAGAUUCAAGGAAAAUAUCACAAAUUAAAAUAAUGAAUUUGAAGCAAUUUCUUCAUGUAUUCAACACAAUGGUUGUGAACAUAGAAGCGAUAACAGCAAGUGAAGAACGACAAAAAUCAGCAAGUUCAAGUCCAAUCUAUCCUACCACACUUCUUAACCAGCUUGACAAUGAUCCGAAGUUUAAUUUUGAUUCAGCGACAGAUGACGAUUGCAUAAUUUGCAUGGAAAGGAAGCCUGAAGUUAUUCUGUCAUGUCUUCACACGUUCUGCACUCUUUGCAUAGAGCAAUGGAAUGAAACUGGAAAGAAAUCUUGUCCAAUUUGUUCACAAGAACUUAAAGACACGAAAGAUUCGUGGGUGCCUCUUGAGAUACCUGAACCAGAUGAAAUCAAUGAAGAAAUUGUGAAACAACUGCAAAAGCUUACACAUUAG